AUGACAGCCACCACCGCCCCCCAGUCCGCAGGCCCCAUGGCACCCAUCUUCCGCUCCAUGGACAAGACCAUCGGCGCGCACUGGGAAGAAACCAUGAUUGAGAUGAGCCGGACGAUGAUGGUGCCCCUCAAUUCGCGGCUUAUGAAGCAGAUGGGGUUGGGCCAGCACACGACGGAGCCCAUUGCCUUUCUCGACAGCGCUUGUGGGGCUGGUCCGGCUACGCAGGAGUUGGUCAAGGUUGUGUCCCGAGAGGUGUUGGACAAGAGCGAGGUCAUUUGUGCGGAUGGGUCGCCUAUGAUGGUUGGGUUAGUGGAGAGGAGGAUUCGGGAGGAGGGGUGGGUUGGGGCGAGUGCGAGGGUUUUGGAUGCUAUGGACACUGGGUUAGCUGAGAACUCGAUGACGCACGUAGUCAUCAGCCUCGGUCUACAUCUCAUCCCCCACCCAGACAAAACCAUCAAAGACGUCGUCAGGAUCCUCAGGCCCGAUGGGGUCUUCGGCUGUAUCACACCGCAUGUCGACCAUAUAGGCUGGGUCGCGGACGUGAGGUCAGCAAUCGCAUCCUUCCCGUUUGACGCGCCGUUCGAGGAGAAGAACCGUGCGCAGGUUCACGAUGUCGGGCGGUGGUACGACGAGGCUUGGGUCAAGGGGUAUCUACAGGACAAUGGGUUCAAGGACGUCAAGACGUGUUUGGAGAGCGGGACGGUGAGGGUGAGGGACGCGAGGCACUGGUUGGAUGUGUUUGGGCCAGUUGUUGCAUUGAUUGUGAACACGGAGUGGAGUGAGGAGUUGAGGGGGGAGCAUGGAUUGGAGGAGGUGAAGGGGUUGAUUAGGGAGCAUUUGGAAGGGAAGUAUGAGGGGAAGGGGUGGGAUGUUGGGUUUGCCUGCAUUGUUGCUUCUGGGACUGUUGCGAAGUAA